AUGAUCCGUCUUUCUCUGCUCGCCUUUUUGGGCCUCUCGCACUUUGCCACAGCCACUUGUCAAAGCUGUACUUUCGACCAAAUCGUCCCCUCUCAGUCACUUGUCUGGUGUCCUUGUUAUAGCGACUUCUUCUGUGCACGGCUUGAUGUUCCUCUUGAUUACCAGAACGUUGACCUUGGUCGGGCUUCAGUUCCCCUUGUAAAGCUUCCUGCUCAAGCCAAUUCAUCCUUCGGGGCCUAUCAAGGAAUGAUACUGCUAAACCCCGGUGGUCCCGGAGCUUCUGGGGUUGAAUUGGCCUUGGGCAACGCCAGCACUGUUCAGGCUCUCGUAGGGACCAACUGGGAUGUUGUCGGGUUUGAUCCGAGGGGCAUAUAUCUCAGUGAGCCCGUUGCGAACUGCUCAUACGACGUCCCCGCGAUCAACACAUCUUCAAUUCAGACACGAUCGGUUCCAAGACUCUCAGAUGACUACUUCAUCAACCAAAUACAGUAUAACAUGGAGCUAGGAGAGCGAUGUGCAGUCUUGGCUGGCGGGGAACUGGAUGCUGGCCCACAUAUGUCUACCGCGACCACUGCAAGGGACAUGCUUAGUAUCGUUGACGCCUUUGCAGAGACAGAAGAUGGAAAAUCAUCCUCAAAGCCCAGCGGUCUAUUGAACUAUUAUGGUGUCAGCUACGGUACCUUCCUUGGUCAGACGUUUGCUUCAAUGUUCCCUGCAAGAGUGGGCAAUGUGGUUUUGGACGGUGUCGUAAAUCCUGAGAGCUUUUUGGCCAACUUCACAGGAGAUUCCAUCACGCACAUCGAUGGAAUCAUCGCCGCCUUUUUCAUCUACUGCCACGAAGCUGGACCGUCAGAGUGCUCGUUCUACAGUGGAUCAAGCGCACACGACAUCUAUGAGCGUUUCAAUCAGUCGUUUGCGCAGCUUGUUCCACGGGUCGCAAAAGCUCAAGGCUGGUCGAACGCCACAGAUCUUGAGUCCGCUCUGCUACAGCUGAAAAUCGGACUUUUGACGGCUGCUAAUCAUCCAAUCGAAUACUUUAGCCUGAUGCCCGAAAUCCUUCUAGGACUGGAGAGUGCCAUUGCAGCACAGGAUCUCGCACCAUGGAUAAAGCUAGCCAUAUCAUACUUCGGAGACGCAAAUACGUCUGUGUAUCCGGAGUGGAGUUUUGGUGUUUUGUGUUCUGACCAGGACAACAAGUGGUACAACAAGACCUUGGAAGACGUAAAGCCUUUAAUAGAGCAGCUUGAGAAGGAGAGCAUCAUCGGCGAACUCUGGGAUCACUCAUUACUGGGAUGCCUCGGUUGGUCAGUCAAGGCGACCGAGAUAUUUACCGGUCCAUUCGGCGGCGACACAGCAACACCCAUACUCUUCGUCAGUAAUACUUACGAUGCAGUAACGCCGAUUGAGAACUCGUUUUCGUCAGCACCGAACUAUAAGGAUGCCCAAGUGCUUGUUAUUGACGGAAUGGGGCACACCGUCAGCGCUGCUCAGAAUUACUGCGGCUACGCAAAGAUAGCGGCCUACUUCCAGAGCAACGCAUUGCCUGGGGAUGAUUAUUUCUGUGCGCUCGAGCAAGGUCCAUUUGGUAUUAUCCUCAACGGCACACUGGCGGAAAGCAUUGAGCAGGCUGCAUUGUCGGACCUCCACUAA